AUGCCACCCGUUGAGUACUUCUUGUCUCCGUUAUCAUCAAAUUCAAAUUCCAAUUCUUCGUCUUCUUCUUCAUCAUCGCCUUUCUUCUUAGGCUUUUUACCGGUAGGUGAUUUAUUUUUAGGUGCAUCACUUCCCGUUUUCCAGCUCCAGCUACCGCCUCCACCACCCCCAGCACCACCAGCACCAGCACCACCAGCUGCCCCUGCAGCACCACCACCAACCUUCCAGCUACCCCCACCUGCAGCCCCGGCUCCUCCUCCCACUUUCCAGGAACCACCAGCGCCCCCUGCCGCUCCACCCCCUCCUGCAGCUCCAGCUGUCCCGCCACCAGCACCACCUCCACCACCUGCUGCUACUCCCCCAGCCGCACCACCACCUCCACCUGCCAACCCUCCACCACCACCUCCUCCGACGGCACCACCGCCUCCGAAGGCACCUCCUCCUCCACCUCCUGUCGCACCGCCACCAGCUGCCCCACCAGCCGUCCCUCCUCCACCAGCUCCGCCUCCUGCGGCACCUCCUAUUGCUCCGCCUCCUCCUCCACCGCCAAUAUCCACUCCACCUGUGGCACCAGCCCCACCAGCUAUUCGCCCCGAGAUAAUAGACCCCCCAGCUGUACCGCCAGCCCCUUUACCACCUCCUCCAGAUACUCCUCCAGCUGCCCCACCCGCUCCUGCUGCUCCUCCACCUGCGGCCCCUCCACCAGCUGCACCUCCUGCCGCCCCUCCCCUUCCUGCAGCUCCUCCACCAACCGCCCCUCCACCUGCGGCCCCUCCACCAGCCGCUCCUCCUGCCGCCCCUCCACCAGCUGCACCUCCUGCCGCCCCUCCACCAGCCGCCCCUCCACCUGCGGCCCCUCCACCAGCCGCUCGUCCUGCCGCCCCUCCUGCCGCCCCUCCCCCUCCAGCAGCUCCUCCUGCCGCCCCUCCCCCUCCAGCUGCACCUCCUGCCGCCCCUCCCCCUCCUGCUGCACCUCCUGCCGCCCCUCUCCCUCCAGCUGCACCUCCUGCCCCCCCUCCCCCUCCUGCUGCACCUCCUGCCGCCCCUCCCCCUCCAGCUGCACCACCUGCCGCCCCUCCCCCUCCAGCAGCUCCUCCUGCCGCCCCUCCCCCUCCAGCAGCUCCUCCUGCCGCCCCUCCCCCUCCAGCUGCACCUCCUGCCGCCCCUCCCCCUCCAGCUGCACCUCCUGCCGCCCCUCCCCCUCCAGCAGUUCCUCCUGACGCCCCUCCCCCUCCAGCUGCACCUCCUGCCGCCCCUCCCCCUCCAGCUGCACCUCCUGCCGCCCCUCCCCCUCCAGCAGCUCCUCCUGCCGCCCCUCCCCCUCCAGCCGCUCCUCCCCCUCCAGCUGCACCACCUGCCGCCCCUCCCCCUCCAGCAGCUCCUCCUGCCGCCCCUCCUCCUCCUGCUGCACCUCCUGCCGCCCCUCCCCCUCCAGCUGCACCACCUGCCGCCCCUCCCCCUCCAGCAGCUCCUCCUGCCGCCCCUCCCCCUCCAGCAGCUCCUCCUGCCGCCCCUCCCCCUCCAGCUGCACCUCCUGCCGCUCCUCCCCCUCCAGCUGCACCUCCUGCCGCCCCUCCCCCUCCAGCUGCACCUCCUGCCGCCCCUCCCCCUCCAGCUGCACCUCCUGCCGCCCCUCCCCCUCCAGCAGCACCUCCUGCCGCCCCUCCUCCACCAGCCGCUCCUCCAGCCGCCCCUCCACCAGCCGCACCUCCAGCAGCGCCGCCACCCGCGGCACCACCGCCACCUCCACCACCCUUGCCUCCUUUUUUACCACCACCCUUGCCUCCCUUUUUACCACCCCCCUUAGCGGCUGGAAUCCCUAAAGCAGUUGUCAACCAUUUCGGAAGCCAAAGGUUUGAGCCCCCUCCUCCUCCUUUCCCUUUUUCUACAAUUAACGUAGGCAGCAUCCACACGUCUUCGAGUUUCUUUCCGCUUCCGCAGCAACAAGGACAACAAGGGAGAUUCAUGCAGCCGCCUCCGCACCCACAACCACCGCCACAACCUCCGCAGCCACCGCCACAACCUCCGCAGCCACCGCCACAACCACCACAGCCACCGCAGCCCUGA